AUGGCAGACUCAAUAGAAACCAAGUCGAAUAAAAGAAGUCGUUCAGAGGAAGAUGACUCAUCCUCCGACGACGACGACAUGGGACCGCAGCUCCCCUCUGCGGAAGCUCCCAAGAAGAAGCGCCGUAAGCUGCCCUACGAAAAGCUUUAUAUCUCAGCUCUACCGACAUCCGCGCGAUACUCCAAGUCCCUUAUGCACAAAGAGCAGUUGGCCUUCCUGACAAUGACACCUUUGACCGACUUCCUGAUCACCAGCUCCGUGGACGGCGUCGUGAAGUUCUGGAAGAAAGGGGCAGAUAACAUUGAAUUUGUCAAAGAAUUCAAGGCGCAUGAUGGAGAGAUCAAUAGUGUGUCGGUCAGCGCGGAUGGGAGAAGCUUUGCAACUGCUGGAGUGGACAAGACGAUCAAGAUCUUCGAUGUUAUUACCUUCGAUCUCCUGUCUAUGUUGACCGUCGAAUUUACUCCGAAGUGUGUGUGUUGGAUACAUAAAAGAGGCGCAUCAUUACCGAUCCUGGCAGUAUCUGACGAAGUCAAUCAUACCAUUCGCAUGUACGACGGUCGAGGGGAGAACCAGGAGCCAAUACACACGUUGUCCGGGUUACAUCGAAGCGUUGUGUCGUUGAUGGCAUUCAACGAUGUAUACGACUGCGUUAUUUCGGCGGAUGAGAAUGGCAUGAUAGAAUACUGGCGACCAGAGACUUACGAGAAACCGGACAAUGUUUUCGAAUAUAAAAGCUCGACGAAUCUAUUCGAGUUCAAGAAAGCCAAAUCUACACCCACAUCUUUGACAAUAUCCCCGAAUGGAUCUCAAUUUGCCACGUUCUCUUUCCCCGAUCGUAAAAUCAGGGUAUUCGAUUUCCCCACCGGUAAACUUUACCGGACUUAUGACGAGUCUCUGCAGAUUAUCGAGGAGAUGCAGCAAGCUGGGACAGCCCUACAAAAGCUAGAGGAUGUAGAGUUCGGCCGGCGGAUGGCCACAGAGCGAGAGAUUGAGACACCAGCAUUACGGCACAAGGCGAAUGUGAUCUUUGACGAAACAGGACAUUUCAUCAUAUAUGGAUCAAUCUUGGGAACGAAAGUUUUGAAUACAUAUACGAAUAGAGUCGUCAAGGUCUACGGAAAGGAGGAAAACUACAGGCCUUUGAGCGUUGCCAUAUACCAAGGACAGCCACAGAAGAAGGGCAUCACGACAGUUGCAAUGGCGGCGUCGAAUAACCCACUGCUGCAAGAGUCAGAAGUUCGAGAUCCCAUCCUCAUCACGACCGGGGUGGGGAAAGUUAGAUUCUACAUGUUCACCAACGACGAGAAUAUUUCCAAAUCCGAGAGGGAUGUCCAGAAUGAGAAGCCAACCAACCUCAAUGCAAGGAAGGCUGUUGUGGCCAAGGCAGCGGAAACAGGCACAGCAGCAAUCAUACACACCAACUAUGGAGACAUACACAUUCGUCUCUUCCCAGAUGCAGCUCCGAAGUCAGUUGAGAAUUUUGUUGUACACUCCAAGCAGGGGUACUACAACAACACGAUAUUCCACAGAGUGAUCCGGAAAUUCAUGAUCCAAUGCGGAGAUCCACUAGGAGAUGGCACAGGUGGGGAAAGUAUUUGGGGUAGGGAAUUCGAGGAUGAGUUCAGCACUCUUAGACACGACAAGCCAUAUACUGUGAGCAUGGCUAAUGCUGGACCAAACACCAAUGGGAGUCAGUUCUUCAUCACCACUGAAAAGACUCCUUGGUUGGACAACAAACAUACUAUCUUUGGAAGAGCGAUUCAAGGUCUAGAUGUCAUCCACAAGAUCGAGAAUGCGAGGGUCUACAAGGAGAAGCCGGAGGAAGACAUCAAGAUCCUUAAUAUCGAGAUCAUGUAG